AUGCCAGUCAUUCCUCUGCGCGGGGGAGGGGAGAUAAUUCCCCUUAAGGCUGCCUCCCCUGCCCAACAGCAGCAGCAGCAACAGCAGCAGCAGCAGCAGCAGCAGUACUGUGGUAUAGGUCCUCAUCACCUACUAGACUGCAGCGACACAACAACAGCAGCAGCAGCAGCAGGAGGAGGAACAGCAGCGGGAGAGAAGCAAUUAGCACAGUGGUCUUUCUUAUCCUUACCGUUACCAUGUUCAUGCUGCAGUACCCCACCACCGCAACAUUUGCUGCUUCCUCUUCCUUGCAGCAGCAAGACAUUUGCUGCGCUGCAGUUGCUGCCAGCAGAAUUAAUUGCAGCAACAUUUUGCUGCUGCGUGCAGCAAAUAAAAAAAGAUAAAUUUAUUCCUCUUAAUCCUAAUCGUAUGUGGAAGCCAAUAAGGAAAAAAAUAUAUAAACAUUCUUGUUGGCAAUAUACUAAUUCUCUUAUAAUCCAGCAGCAGCAGCAGCAGCAGCAGCAGCAAGUGCAGCAGCAGCAAAUGCAGCAGCAAAUGCAGCAGCAGCAGCAAAAGUUGAUGAUCGUGCAGCAGCAGCAACAGCAGCAAAAACAGAUUCAUAAUGAUAUAAGAAGGAAUGAUGUUAUUGGUGGUGCUGUAUCUGCAGCAGAAACAUCUUCUGCUGCAGCAGCAGCAGCAGGAGGAGAUGCUGCUGCUGCUGCUGCUGCUUCUGCUGCUGCUGCUGCUGCAGCAGCAGCAAGAUGGCAGCAGCAGCAAGAAGCAGAUGUUAGUCCACCUGUGCAGCAGCUAACAGAAAUGUUCGACUUAGAAGAACUCUUAAGGCCAAGCAGCAGCUGCAGCGACUCAGAACCAGAAACAGCAGCAGCAGCACCUGCAGCAGCAGCAGCAACAACAGCAGCAGCAGCAGAUGCAGCAGCAGCAGGAGCAACAGAUGGGACCGGAGCACCAAAAGCAACAGCAGCAGCAAAUGAUCUACACGGACUAGCAUUGACGGCCGGGGAGCCAACGGAUGCAGCGACGGCAGCAGAUGCAACAGCAGCAGCAGCAGCAACAGCAGCAACGGCAACAGCAGCAGCAACAACAACAACAGCAGCAGACCUUAUGGGGCUAAAUGGAAGCAGAAGGUCUACUGUUGAUACCUCCGUCGCACCGACCCAACAACUGCCGCAUGCAAAGCAGCAGCAGCUGCAGCAGCAGCAGCAAGAGGCUCAGCAGCAGCAUAAAAAGCGCGGUAGAAAACGCAGCAGCAGCGAUGGCACAGACAGAAGAAGCAGCAGCGGCAGCAGCAGCAGCGGCAGCAGCAGCACCAACAGCAGCGACAACCUCAGCAGCAGCAGCAACAGCAGCAGCAGCAGCAGCACGAGUGUAGGCAAACGGCCACGCCAUUCGUCAAAGCGUGUGGACGAGGCAGCCGAAGCAGAAGUAGCAGCAGCAGAAGCAGCAGCAGCAGAAGCAGCAGCAGCAGAAGCAGCAGCAGCAGCACCGGCAGCAGCAGCAGCAGCAGCAGCAAAGACGCCAACAGCACCAACAGAGGCGAGCAGCGAAGAGAUUUCCGUCAUUAUCUCUGAUGAAGAAUUGCCUAGAAUACUGCAGCAGCAGAAGCAGCAAAAGCAGCAGCAGCAGCAACAGCAGCAACAGCAGCAGCAGCAACAGCAGCAGCAGCAACAGCAGCAGCAGCUAGUGCUGCAAGAGAGUGACGACGCCUCCCCAUCCUUUGAUGUUGAUGGACCUCUCAGUAUAGAGACAGCAGCAGCACAGAGCAGCAGCAGCAGCAGCAGCAGCAGCACGACGAACUUACUGGAACUAUUGGGCAGCAGCAGCACGCAGGUAAUAGCAGAAGCAUGCAGAGGUGCAGAAGCAGCAGCAGCAGCAGCACCCUUCAGCAGCAACAGCAGCAGACCGAGCAGCGCAUGCAGCAGCAACAUCCCCUCUCCCUACAAGUCCCUCUUUGCCUCUAACAGCCCGCUGCUGCAGCAGAAGCAGCAGCAGCAGCAGCAGCCGAAGAUGUGGCAGCGCCUGCAGCAGGAAGUUAAGGAAAUAUUCAGCGGGACGCAUGCAGAUAGCAGCAGCAGCAGCAGCAACAGCAGCUCACGCAGAAUAUCUGCUGCAGCAACAGACACAGCCACAUUUCCAGCAGCAGCAACAGCAACAGCAACAGCAGCAGCAACAGCAGCAGCAGCAGAGGAAGCAGCGUCUGGGUCCCCUGUGCUGCUGACCCACGGGGUAGAAACACGCCUAGAGAGGAAGGCAGCAGCAGCAGCAGCAGCAGCAAGAAGCAGCAGCCACUUUGUUGCAUCUGCUUCUGCUGCAGCAGCAAGAACAUUCCUAUCACAAGUAGAUGAGAGACUGCAGAAGCUGCAGCAGCAGACACAAACAGCAGCAGCAGCAGCAGCAGCAAAGGAACCAGCCCCUGCAGCAGCAGCAACAGCAACAACAGCAGCGACAGCAGCAGCAACAGCAGCAGCAGCACAGUCUUCUGCUGCUGCUCAGAAGACUACGCCUUCUGUUGGACCUGCAGGCAGGAAUGCCAAAGGCAAGAGCAGCAGCAGCAGCAACAGCAGCAAGGGCAGCAACAGCAGCAGCAACAGCAGCAAGAGCAACACCAGCAACAGCAACAGCAGCAAGAUAAGCAGCAACAACAACAACAACAAGGGUAGCAGCAGCAGCAGCAGCAGCAGCAGAUCCAGCAGCAGCAGCAGCCGGUUGCCCCGUGUUGGGCUCUCUCGUUGCUUCCCUCCUCCGCAGACACGAAGGGCAGCAGCAGCAGCAGCAGCAACAGCAGCAACAGCAGCAGCAGCAGCAGCAAAGCAGUCAAGAAGUACCUCAGCACUGCCUAUGCUCAAACGGCAACACCAACAGCAGCAGCAACAGCAGCAGCAGCAGCAACAGCAACAGCAGCAGCAGCAGCAGCGGCGACGUCGCGGGCUGAGCAGCAGCGCCCUUCCUUCCCUAUAA